UGGAGGAAACUUUGUGCUAUUGAAAUUAUUACACCAGAUACUGGAGAAUGAAAUCUAUAUUGAUCAGAUUCGGCAACUUCAAAACAGGCUAGGCUGUCCAGAUGAGUAAUCGUUCCUUGGAAAUGAGUGUCUUUGUCUUAUCUAUCUUCAGCUUGUUCGUUUUUGUCCUUGGAGAACUUGGACAAAGCCUUCCCAACUGUCCAGAAUCAAGGUGUGGGUCUGGCCCGGCCAUCCGAUUCCCUUUCCGGCUUAAAGGUCAGCAACCUAAUUACUGUGGCUAUCAUGGGUUCGAUUUGUCUUGCACAGAGAGGAACGAUACAUUACUCGAGCUGCCAAAUUUAGUGAAAUUAUAUGUCCAAGAAAUUGAUUAUGUCUAUCAAGUCAUUAACGUGUCUGACCCAGAUGAUUGCUUUCUGAGACAGGCUUUAAACAUCAAUUUUUCCGCUUCUCCUUUCAGAUUUAAGGAUGAUCUCCUCUACAAUUACACCUUAUUCAAUUGUUCUACAGCAGAGAGAAAUUUAAUCAGAAAUGCGCCUUGCCUCGGAGCUCCUGGCUAUGAAGUUUACGCCAUUCCUGGUUUCAAUCGCAUUAGUGAAUACACUCUGACAUCAUGUACCAAGAUGUACGACAUUUUAUCUAUUCCCUACAUUUAUUCAUAUGAAAUUUAUCCUGAAAUGUCGAAUGCCUCAAGAAAUAUUAUUCAAUUGACGUGGUCCAAACCAGCUUGUGGAUUGUGUGAAGCAGGCGGAGGAAGAUGUGAAUUAAAGAGUGAUGGCACUGAAUUGUGCAAGAUGAGUCAUAUUACCCCAAGAACCAGUGGUGCCUCAACCAAGUUAAUAAUUGCAGGUGCAACCCUGGGUUCAUUUCUUCUGCUAGUAGCCUUCAUUGCACUUUAUCAUCUCUACAGGGCAGACAGAAAAGAAAAGGAAAAUCAAGCAAGGAUAGAGAAAUUUUUGGAAGACUACAAAGCUCUCACACCCACAAGAUAUACGUACGCUGAUCUGAAGAGGAUAACACAUCAAUUUAAGGACAAGUUGGGCCAGGGAGCAUAUGGAACAGUGUUCAAGGGAAAGCUUUCUAGUGAGAUCCUUGUGGCUGUGAAGAUCCUCAACAGUUCGACAGGGAAUGGCGAAGAGUUCAUCAAUGAAGUUGGAACAAUGGGAAGAAUCCACCAUGUGAAUGUAGUUCGCUUGGUUGGUUUUUGUGCUGAGGGAUUCCGUAGAGCUUUGGUUUAUGAAUUCCUACCAAAUGAAUCAUUGGAGAAAUUCAUAUUUUCUAAUGAUGGUUACCACCAUUCUCUUGGUUGGGAGAAGCUACAAGAUAUUGCUCUUGGCAUAGCUAAAGGAAUUGAAUAUCUUCACCAAGGGUGUGAUCAACGAAUCCUACAUUUCGAUAUUAAACCACAUAACAUUCUACUUGAUGACAACUUCACUCCAAAAAUUUCUGAUUUUGGUCUCGCAAAAUUAUGUUCCAAGGAUCAAAGUAUUGUAUCCAUGACUACAGCUAGAGGUACAAUGGGUUAUAUUGCAUCUGAAGUGUUUUCUAGGAACUUUGGCAAUGUGUCCUAUAAAUCGGAUGUUUAUAGUUUUGGAAUGCUGUUGCUGGAAAUGGUUGGAGGAAGGAAGAACAUCGAUGUUAAUGUAGAAAACAGAACAGAAAACAGUAACCGAGUCUUCUUUCCUGAAUGGAUAUACGAUCAUUUGGAUAGAGGAGAAGAGAUGAGAAUCCGAAUUGAGGAAGAAGGUGAUGCUCAAAUAGCCAAGAAACUCACAAUUGUUGGAUUAUGGUGCAUUCAAUGGUUCCCUGUAGACCGUCCCUCCAUGACAAUUGUUGUUCAAAUGUUGGAAGGAGACGGAGAUGAUUUAGCAAUGCCUCCUAAUCCUUUCAACUCUACAGGUAUGCCUGCUGGGAGACAUUAUCACCAAGAGUUACCAGUCAUCUCUGAAGUAGAGUGACUGGCUAAAUCAAUGGUAAUUGGUGUUGAAAAUUUUCAAUUUCAUGUAUCAACUAAACAUUUGUUUCCAUAAUUACCUUUGAUUUUGAAUGCAAGUUAUUAUUUUUUUUU